CGCGGCUCCCUCGCCUCCCCUUCCGCCGCCUGCUCCGCCCCGGUUGCUGCGGAGCGGGGCCGCUGCGCAGUUUUCGGCAUGGCAGUGGACUGGCUCGGCUUUGGCUACGCCGCCCUGGUGGCAUCAGGAGGGAUCAUUGGCUAUGCGAAAGCAGGCAGUGUUCCAUCACUAGCUGCUGGCCUUUUCUUUGGGAGUUUGGCCGGACUGGGUGCUUAUCAGGUCUCACAGAAUCCAAAUAACAUUUGGGUUUCUCUGAUUACAUCUGGAGCACUGACUGCCGUCAUGGGAACAAGAUUUUACCAUUCCAGAAAAUUCAUGCCUGCAGGGCUAAUUGCUGGUGUCAGUUUGCUAAUGGUUGGAAGAUUAGCACUGAAGAUGUUGGAAAAGCCCCAGGAAAAGUAACUGUUAAUUUUACAUCUUAAUACUUGGAAAAGGAAACCUGAUAAUGAAGUUGCAUGAAUGCAGAAGUGAGAAGAUGGAAAAAUUUUCUGCAUCAAGACAUUAUAAAAUUUUUUUUGUAAGGAGGAGUAGAAUGAUGGGACAGAUAGUUUGUACACAAGGUAGAUCUGUUUGUGUAUAGAGAGAAAUUGGUCCUGAGUUUGAGUUUUCUGGACAUGUUUCAAUGUAUUUUAACACUUUCAUGGUUUUAUAUUCCAAAAUAUACUUCUGACAUGUAUGAAGUAGAGAGAAGUGUCCUGUAAUUAAAAAAAUAUCUGCAGAGGCACCAGGAGUAACUGGUUAAAUACAACAGUGUAUCUCAAACCUUUUAUACUGGGUAUUACAGUGUGCUUUACCUGUUGCAUUCUGAAUUGACAUGCCAUGUUUUUAUAAUGUCAAACUGAUCUUGCCUUUUUAUUGUGAAAUUAUGCUAAAAUUGUGCUUUUCUAUAAGUAAAAUUUGUUACAAACCUUUA